AUGACAUCAAAUAAAAUUGUUGUUACUACUGAUAAGGCUUCUGAUACAUGGGAUUGGCCUUUACAAGGUCAAGAUGGUAUUGUUAAAGUUCAUAAUACAAAAGAUAAAUUUGAAGUUGGAUUAGAAUGUUAUAGUUUUUCACCAAAAGAAAUAAGUGUUAACGUUGUUGGGGGAGAAGUUUCAAUUAUGUGUAAGCAUGAGGAGAAAAAAGAUGAAUAUGGAACAAUAAAACGUGAAAUUCAUCGUUGUUACCGUCUACCUGACGAUGUUGAUCCAAAUACAUUGAAAUCUAGCUUAUCAACGAGAGGGAUUCUUACCUUAACGGCAAAAAAAAAAUAA